GCGUGGGCUCUCUAUGUGCCACAGAAGGUUCACCAUGCGUUUGUGAAUAACAGCAUUUUUUGCGAGUGUGAGAUCCGAGUCGUAUGAAGGAAAAUUCUCCUUUUUAACACAAGGGUCAUUCUAGUGCUAUCUGACAAAUUGCUGCUUUGGGAUGCCGUCCCCAAGCAACGGUUGCUAGGUCUCGCCGGAUGGCACACUUUGUCCCCCUUGCCUGUUUAGCGUGCCUUGGGCUGCUACGGGCAGAGUUUCGGUGCCGCUAUCGGCCAAUAAAUGCUGUCCAUUCCAGGGAAGAGUAUGGUCUACUGGUAUGUUCUGGUACUUCUGGUCGUAGCCUUCCGCGCUACGGGGCUGGUCCUACCCCUUCUUGCUGCUUUUCCCCCGGCAUCGGCUCCACAGCUCAGCCGUGUUCUCCGGCGGGCCAUAGGAGAGGCCGAUACCAAACUAGAUGCUAAGAACGUGACACUUCUGGCCCGCUGGGUUACUCUGCCGAACAACACUCAAACCACCGUUAGUGUUUUGUGCGAGGCAGUAGAGAGAAACAGCCCCGCCUUAAUCCUCAGCUUCGUCGACCGGCCCAUGUCCUUCUUCCCGGCACUUAUAGCAGGAUAUACUGGCGUUCCUCUCAUGGGCAUGACGUCAGGCUACCUUGACCAAACAGCGAAGUCUUUUAGAAAGAUGGAUGGUUGGGAUGGAGGGAGUAAUUACAGAUCCAGUUGCUAAGAAGUCAACUAAUUGACAAUUUGCAAAAAGCACGUAUUCCUACUCAUUUAGCACUUUUUGUGACCUCCAUUUUCUACCUUGGACUUUUCUGUCUCGUCGAAUCUUUUUCUCGGAGCAAUGAGUGUCUGUCUACACGUUGCUAGUAAUUGAACUUUCGAAGUGGAACAUUUACGUAUAAGUACGUUUGUCAGAUUGUAAUUUUGCGCA